GUCGCUCUCUCCACCUAAGCGACCGCUGCGCCCCACCUCAGGAGACGUCCUUCCUCCCGAGGUAGCGGCCCGCUAGGCCGAGGCCCACUUACCUGCUCCUCUCUUAUCAGCGCAGGGAACCCAGCUCAUAAGUGAUGAUUCUGUGAUUUCUGUGGCAGUGUCUGAAGUGAGCGAGGAGGUGUUGAUGCCAUUGGGCCUUGUGCUGUCCGCUCCUGAUCACUGUGUGCCUGCACCUUGACAGAUCUACCACACUUCAGGAAAGAUGUCCAAGCAACAACCAGCUCAAUUCAUAAAUCCAGAAACUCCUGGCUAUGUUGGAUUUGCAAAUCUUCCCAAUCAAGUUCACCGAAAGUCAGUGAAGAAAGGCUUUGAGUUCACGCUAAUGGUGGUUGGCGAGUCAGGUCUGGGGAAAUCGACUCUGAUUAACAGCUUGUUCCUGACUGAUCUCUACCCAGAGAGAAUCAUUCCUGGAGCCGCAGAGAAAAUCGAAAGGACAGUUCAGAUUGAGGCUUCCACUGUGGAGAUUGAAGAGCGAGGAGUGAAGCUGCGCUUAACGGUGGUGGACACGCCAGGUUACGGGGACGCCAUCAACUGCCGAGACUGCUUCAAAACCAUCAUCUCCUAUAUUGAUGAGCAGUUUGAGCGGUACCUGCAUGACGAGAGCGGCCUGAACCGCCGGCACAUCAUUGAUAACAGGGUGCAUUGCUGCUUCUAUUUCAUUUCGCCCUUUGGACACGGACUGAAGCCUUUAGACGUGGCAUUCAUGAAGGCAAUUCACAACAAGGUGAACAUAGUGCCUGUCAUCGCCAAAGCUGACACCCUCACCCUGAAGGAGCGGGAGCGCCUGAAGAAAAGGAUUCUGGAUGAAAUUGAAGAGCAUAAUAUUAAAAUCUACCACUUACCUGAUGCUGAGUCAGAUGAAGAUGAAGAUUUCAAAGAGCAGACUAGGCUUCUCAAGGCUAGCAUCCCGUUCUCUGUUGUUGGAUCCAAUCAGUUAAUCGAAGCCAAAGGCAAGAAGGUCAGAGGCCGCCUCUACCCAUGGGGCGUUGUGGAGGUGGAAAACCCUGAGCACAAUGACUUUCUGAAGCUGAGAACAAUGCUCAUUACUCACAUGCAAGAUCUUCAGGAAGUCACACAGGACCUUCACUAUGAAAACUUCCGUUCUGAGAGGCUCAAGAGAGGUGGCAGAAAAGUGGAAAAUGAGGACAUGAAUAAAGACCAGAUCUUGCUGGAAAAGGAAGCGGAGCUCCGCCGCAUGCAGGAGAUGAUUGCGAGGAUGCAGGCACAAAUGCAACUGCAGAUGCAGGGGGGUGACGGCGAUGGCGGGCCUCACUCAGGGCACCACGUGUAAGGUAACCACUGGGCAGUGGGACCCUGCUGCCCACUCUUUCUCCCGUGAGGUUUCAUAUGAGUGAGACUCGACAGCUGGAGAGGAAAGCUCCCCACAGGAGCUCCUCCUUCAGGGGCAAGCCGAAAGGUGCCCCCAGCCUCUUCAGAGUUGCUGCAGCAUCUGCUUAUCUUGGUAGGGCUGCAGGCCUGUCUGAAGGGAAACACUGAAGGUGUUUGAAUGGGGCUGCCUAGGCGACCCUGGGUUUUAUCUCUGGCACCACCAUCUCCCCAGAGUACCCCCAGGAAAGUGCCUGUGGGAAGGCUGUAGUGGAGCAUUACUAAAACAUCAGUGACCAGAGGUGGGGGUUUAGGGCUGCUCUCACUCCCAAUCUCGAUCUUGUCCCCCUGCACCUGUGUCCUGGCCUUCCUGUGUGAGGAGGGUCCACAGGAGGACUAAGAGACAA